AUGGCGCGGUACACUACGGAGCUGAUGGACUACCACGAACAAGAAGAACAUCAGCAUGACGGCGAAACCAAACAAGAGCACGGCCGGCCGCCGACGCAGGAAAGAAAAGACCGGGGAAAAGCGAUGCUGGACUUCAAGCGCCAAAAGCUUGAAGAAAUCUCAAAGCUCAGAAGAGAGGAGGUGGAGCUGAAGAAGCUAGAACUUGUCGAGAAGGCGCAACAAACAGAUCGAGCACACGAGAUCAGGAUGCGUGAAAUAUAA